CUGCCGCCGCGGUCUCCAUUGUCCCACGCAUCCGGAAUGUGUUCUCGGGUUUGGUUCGUGACCGACCGGCGCAUCAGCCAGGAGUACCCUCAAGUUCAGAUCCUCCGGGCACUCAAGGAGCGAUGCGCCGACGAGGAUGUCGAAUUCCGCUAUCUUCUCAUGGAUCAGAUCGUGCUCACGAUCAGCCAGGGGCAGCUAGGUCUACGAGUGGAGCAAGAACUGGUGACAUCUUAUCCACAGGUGGUGGUGGUCCGGGUGCCCACGCCAUGGGUCCAGUCUGAUAGUGAUAUCACCGUGCUGCGGCACCUGGAGAAGAUGGGCUGUCGGCUGAUCAACCGACCUCAGGCCAUACUCAACUGCGUCAACAAGUUUUGGACCUUUCAGGAGCUAGCUGGCCACGGGGUGCCCCUCCCUGACACCUUCUCCUACGGUGGGCAUGACAACUUCCGGAAGAUGAUUGACGAGGCGGAGCCACUGGGCUACCCGGUGGUGGUGAAGAAUGCACGCGGCCACAGAGGCAAGGCUGUGUUCCUGGCACGGGACAAACAUCACCUGACAGAUCUGUGCCACCUCAUCCGCCAUGACACCCCCUACCUGUUUCAGGAGUAUGUGAAGGAGUCGCACGGCCGGGACGUACGCGUGGUCCUGGUGGGCGGCCGUGUCAUUGGCUCCAUGCUACGCUGCUCCACCGACGGACGCAUGCAGAGCAACUGCUCUCUGGGCGGCGUGGGCAUGAUGUGCCCCCUGAAUGAACAGGGCAAGCAGCUGGCCAUAGAGGUGUCUAACAUCCUGGGCAUGGACGUGUGUGGGGUCGACCUACUUCAGCUCAACGACGGCUCAUUCGUGGUUUGCGAGGCCAACGCCAACGUGGGCUUCAUCGCCUUCGACCAGGCCUGCGGCAUGGACGUAGCGGGGAUCGUCGCCGACUUCGCCCUGUCGAUGCUCCCCAGCCGCCUCACCCGGAAAAUGUCCCUGCUGUCCGUGGUGUCGAGCACCAGCGAGACCAGCAGCGAGCCCGAGGUGUGCAUCGUGCCGGCGGGCGGCGGCUCGCUGCCGGAGGCCGUGUGCAACAUGAGCGUGGGUUCUACCUCCAGUGAGAGCGACCCAGAGCUGGCGGAGCCCUCACAGUCGUCCCCCUGUCAGUCCACACCCCCAACCCUGCCCGAUCUCCCCGACCUCCCCGAUCCAGCCUACUUCAACACCCUCCUGGCCAAUGAGAUAAAGCUAUUGACUGAGUGA